AUCCUCCUCUAGACUUCAGACUUCAGUUCAACAGAAGGAGACCAAAGUCUUCUGGUCCCAGCUCUGUGUCUAUGGAGAGUGACUGGUCUGAAGAUCCUCCUCUUAACAUCAGAUUUAAACCUGGACCCUCAGACUCAAAAGCGACUGGUGGCAGUUCAUCAGAGAUCAGCUGUGCUUCUCUGGCCUCAGCUCUGAAGUCCAACCCCUCCUAUUUGGACCUGAAGUCCAGAAGGCUGGAGGAUUCAGGAGUGAAGCAGUUGUGUGAUUUCCUGGAGAGUCCAAACUGCAGACUGAAGACUCUGAGGUUAAGAUUCUGCAGUUUGUCAGAGCUCAGCUGCGCUUCUCUGGCCUUAGCUCUGAAGUCCAACCCCUCCCAUUUGAGAGAGCUGGACCUGAGCUACAACGAGCUGCAGGAUUCAGGAGUGGAUCAGCUGUGUGAUUUUCUGGAGAGUCCAAACUGCAGACUGGAGACUCUGAGAUUGAGAUGGUGCAGUUUGACAAAGAUCAGCUGUUCUUCUCUGGCCUCAGCUCUGAAGUCCAACCCCUCCAAUCUGAGAGAGCUGGACCUGAGUUACAAUGACCUGCAGGAUUCAGGAGUGAAGCAGCUGUGUGGUCUUGUGGACAGUCCAAUCUACAGACUGGAGACUCUGUGGAUUACAGGAAAACCGAAGAAAGCUGACAAACACAUGAAAUCUCUGAAGUCCCAACACUUCCUCUCUCUAUCAGGGGACAACAGGGUCCAACAGGAUGUGAAGGAAGAGCUUCACCUGCAGGAUGAUGACAGAGAGGCUCCAUCAUCCUUCUCUCCUGAACAGACGGAGUCUGGAUACAGACUUCAGUUCAACAGAAGGAGACCAAAGUCUUCUGGUCCCAGGUCUGUGUCUAUGAAGAGGUACUGGUCUGAAGAUCCUCCUCUAAACAUCGGAUAUAAACCUGGACCCUCAGACUCAAAAGCGACUGGUGGCGGUUCAUCAGAGAUCAGCUGUGCUUCUCUGGCCUCAACUCUGAAGUCCAACCCCUCCUAUUUGGACCUGAAGUCCAGAAGGCUGGAGGAUUCAGGAGUGAAGCAGUUGUGUGAUUUCCUGGAGAGUCCAAACUGCAGACUGGAGACUCUGAGGUUGAGAUUCUGCAGUUUUUCAGAGCUCAGCUGCGCUUCUCUGGCCUUAGCUCUGAAGUCCAACCCCUCCCAUUUGAGAGAGCUGGACCUGAGCUACAACAAGCUGCAGGAUUCAGGAGUGAAGCAGCUGUGUGGUUUUCUGGAGAGUCCAAACUGCAGACUGGAGACUCUGAGAUUGAGAUGGUGCAGUUUGUCAGAGAUCAGCUGUGCUUCUCUGGCCUCAGCUCUGAAGUCCAACCCCUCCCAUCUGAGAGAGCUGGAGCUGAGAGGAAACAAGUUGAAGGAUUCAGGAGUGGAGCAGCUGUGUGGUCUUGUGGACAGUCCAAACUACAGACUGGAGACUCUGGGGAUUACAGGAAAACCGAAGAAAGCUGACAAACACAUGAAAUCUCUGAAGUCCCAACACUUCCUCUCUCUAUCAGGGGACAACAGGGUCCAACAGGAUGUGAAGGAAGAGCUUCACCUGCAGGAUGAUGACAGAGAGGCUCCAUCAUCCUUCUCUCCUGAACAGACGGAGUCUGGAUACAGGUUCAGGUGUCCUGGUCAAGGUGAGUUCCAGUGUGCUUUGACUGGACUGGUGUUUGUUACGGCAAAGGAGGCGGAGCUUCUGUACAGGACCGUCCAAUGGGAUGAGGGCCUCCUCCAACCAGCUGGCAAGGAAGCUGCAGGGCCGCUGUUCAACAUCCAGAGUUCAGAGGGAGCUGUGUGUCAGCUCCACCUCCCUCACUGUGAAUCACAGGAAGGGCUGCUUGUUGAUGACCUGCUGUCAGUCGUCCACAUCACUGAUGAUGGGAUGAGCCUCUUGAAGCCGCUGAAGAUCACAGACACUCAUGUGGUUGUGGACGUCCCUCACCUCUCCUUCUUUGGUCUGGUCAGGUCUUUACCUAAAAGGUUUUGGCCGAUAAAAAGCCAAGUCCUGCUGUUCCUCCGACCUCCAAACAGAAGAUAUGAAAUGCUGGAUGUGUGUCUGCUGCCGCACAACGUCGUUCUGAGUGAGGUCGUCGCCAAACAAGGAGAUGCUGAGUACGUCAAGACCACUUGUAACUGUCGCCUGUACUGUGAUCAAAGUUACAGCGUCCACUGUGAACCUGAGGGCUUUGAAAUACAACCCAAGGAUGAACUAUUUUCUGAAGAGUAUGGACCAAACUUUUUCCCAACAUUUGAAGUGUUCCUCACUUCUGGCCCAGAGGAAGUGACUCUGAUUAUCCAGGACAAAGACCAGAACGAAGUCUGGAACCGUAGAGUGGGUUUAUCAGACUCAAGAAACAAAAUUCUGCAGAGGAUUGUCCCAACAGUGGACAGGGUCCCAGCACGGGACAGGGUCCCAGCACUGGACAGGGUCCCAGCACUGGACAGGGUCCCAGCAGAGGAGAGACUGAAGGCAGUUAGGACAGAGUUUGUGGACAGUGUGUCUGACUCUGUUCUGGACAAGCUUCUGGAUAUCCUCCUGGAAACAGAUGUAAUGAAGGACAAUGAGUAUCAGAAAUUCAGGACAGGAAGUACAGCAGAUAGAGCACGAUAUUUGAUCGAUGUCAUGCGAGGAAGGGGAACUGAAGCCAGUUCCAAAAUGAUCACUGCUCUCUGUGAGGUGGAUCUGUAUCUCUCCAGAAAGCUGAAAUUAUUGUGAAGGGAAAGGAACAGAACACAGACCUGAUGAUGAAGACAGCUGGUUGUUUUAUAUUUACAUGUUACUUGUUGUUACCUUAAAAUGAGGACUGUCACUCUGAAAGGGAUUUACUCCAAUCUGGAAACAGACCUCACUGUGACCAAGCACACUGGGGACUGAAUUGGAUGUUGUUUUGACAGACCUUUGGUCCCAUUAAAUAAAACAGAAUCCCAAAGUUCUUAAUAAACGUGAAACAUCAACUCAU